AUGGCCUCCAACCGUGCCUCCGCCAAGGCCCUGGGCCUCACCGAGAAGGAGAUGACUGUCCUUCUGUACGGCAUCCUAUGCCCAUCCCCAAACGGUAGCCGGAGUCCAGUCCACUAUGAGAAGUUGGCCCGAGAGCUUGGGUAUACCUACUUCUCAAUCAAGGUUGUGUAUGGCAAUGCCCGUCGCAAGCUGGUCCGGGAGACUGGCAUUACCCCUGCUACUCGUGGCUCUGCGCCUGAUAGUUCGGGUGGCUGUGCUGUUGAUCUUGGUGGUACUGCCUCUGCCGCUGCGGAUGAGGAGGAAAAAGGCCAGACAUCCAAGCGCCAGAAGGUCCGACGCACCACUCGCAAGCGCAACGCUAGCGAGAUGGACGAUGGACGGGAAUAG